AUGCAAAGUACGUUGCGCCUGCCGUUGCACGCCGUCCGGUCCUGUCGUCUCGUCGCCGGUCGUCGAUAUGCUCUCGCCUCGUCCACGCCUUAUCGGUCGUUUCAUCAGUCGAUUUCCUGGCGGACCAAACCUUCGUCUGACACCAAUGGCUCGUCCGGCGUCAAUGGCAACAACAACACUUCCAAUGAGGCCACCCCUGUCGAUGUUCCCAGCCAGGGUCUAGAUCCGGCGGUGACGAAACGAUCGUCGCCAAGACGAAGGAGUUAUAUUGAGACCAUACGUAGCGGUAUGAGGGAUAGAAGAGUUCCGGACGAGAGACCCCCCGCAAACCCAAUAGCCCUGCCACGGUGGUAUCUUGAUCGAAACAUUGCUCUGUAUCACGAACCUUACCGCGUCGAAAAACCAGACUCUCGCCUUGGGAUUAUUUCCAAACCCUCGACGAAAGACGAUUCACAAGCUCAGUCGCAGGCCACAGGAGGGGAUGACACUGACGGAUCGGGUCAAGAUCGCUCAUGGAAUCGUGGCCAUCGCUAUGUGCUGAGUCCUGCGGUAUGGGAAAAUCUACGGGGUCAGGCCAAGGCGGGUUUCAUGCUUCCUCCACAAGAGUAUAUCAAUGACCCGGCAACGGAAAAUUCGCAUAUUCUUCUUCAGGCUCCCUUCAAAGACGGAGUUACCUUCCUGGAUACAGUCGUUCACAAAUUGGCUCGUGAUCUGGAUGCCAACCUAGUGACUCUGAAUGCUCAAGAUAUCGCCCAAUUAUGCAGUGAACAAGAGAGACUACAAGGGACAGUGCCGUCGACGAUCAGAAGUCUGAGUUAUGAAAUCUAUAAUGAUCACGCCAACGAGGAUUGGCCCAGUGAAGGAGCAGAGAAAGAUGAUGAAGCCCCGGAAGAAACAAGCAGGACUUUUAUUGCCCCGAUCUCUUCUAUACGAUCACGUAUAUUAUCCGCCGACGGCGGUCUUCCCGACAUAUCGAUUCCGCCUUGGCUAAAAUCACUGACGGGGUCGCCUGCGGGUGACACGGCCAAACGACCAGUGCUAGAUACCAUAUCCACGCGGUCACUUUUAAAUAAGAUUGUGUCUUCGGCACUAAGGCCGCAGCCUGCGGAUAGCGAGAAAGCGCCAGAGUUGCCAUCGAAAGUCAUUGUUCAAAUACAGGAUUAUGAUGACCUCAAGUCUUCGCGACAAGGCUCCAAGGUUCUCGAAAUGCUGCAGGAAAUAAUUCGGCAUGCCAGACGUCGUGGUGACCAAAUCCUGCUGAUUGGGACACUGUCAAGAGAUGAAGUUGUUACUCUGGAAGGUGCACCCCCUGCGUUGGACGACAGCAAGAUGGUGUCUGUUGAAGAAGUGAAGGAUUUUCCAACCUCCACAGAUCCUUUCCCUCAGACCUUUUUGAUCGUCCCUGCCACAGAUCCGGAAACUACAAAAGGAGUAUUUGAUGAGGAUUACAAAGCCCGCACAAGACUAAUCAAUAUACGCCAUUUACAAGACAUGAUUCGCACGCGCGUGAAUCCCAAUACAACUCCUAUAGACAGCAGUAUCCUCGAUAGUACGUCAUGGGAGCUGGAUUCGGAGGCGGCAAUCAAGAGUCUCGAGUCCAACUACUGGAAUUUUGGACGUGUCCAUGGACUCGUGACAUAUGCUAUUGGCAGGGUCCAAUCUAAUGAGACAUUCGGCUUGCAACAUAUUCAAGAAGCGUUUCAACUCGUCGAUGAGAAUGAGAAAGCCGGACAGAAGGUAAUGGACGCCCUGGAGGGAAUUUCGGAACCUGCUGAAUCAAGUGGACCGCAUGGCAAAUCCAAGUCACCGUCAGCAUUGGCACCAAAAUGCAACAAGCAUGAGAAGAAGCUUUUGAAUGGGGUUGUCAAGGCAGACAGUAUCCGAACUACAUUUUCCGAUGUUCAUGUGCCUCCGGAGACGGUCGAGGCCAUAAACUCGCUAACGUCUUUGUCUUUGAUACGACCGGAAGCCUUCUCCUACGGUGUCCUUGCAACGGAUCGAAUCCCUGGCAUUCUGCUCUACGGCCCGCCUGGUACGGGAAAAACACUUCUUGCAAAGGCAGUCGCGCGUGAAAGCGGGGCAACAGUUCUGGAGGUUAGUGGAUCGGACAUCUAUGACAUGUACGUGGGUGAAGGAGAGAAGAACGUGAGGGCGAUCUUUUCUCUGGCAAAGAAACUAAGCCCGUGCGUGGUCUUUAUCGACGAAGCAGAUGCUAUGCUCGGGUCCAGAAGCCAGGGCAGGCAUCGGUCAUCUCACCGAGAACUUAUCAACCAGUUCCUGCGCGAAUGGGACGGUAUGAACGACAUGUCAGCGUUCCUCAUGGUUGCCACUAACCGGCCGUUUGACCUGGAUGACGCGGUUCUGCGACGUCUUCCCCGGAGGCUGCUGGUAGACCUACCCACCGAAAAGGACCGCGAGGCCAUUCUCCGGAUCCAUCUCAAAGAGGAACAGCUGGAAGCGUCGGUGAAUCUUUCCGAGCUGGCGCACCAGACGCCGUUCUACUCGGGCUCUGACCUCAAGAACGUCUGCGUGGCUGCUGCUCUAGCCUGUGUUCGCGAGGAGCAUGCUCAAUCCAUGCAGCAACAAAAAAGCGGCGAAGGCCCGCACGAAUUCCCGCGGCGCGUUCUCACGAAAGCGCAUUUUGAACGCGGCAUCGAGGAGAUCAGCGCGUCCAUCAGCGAGGACAUGUCGUCUCUCAAUGCGAUCCGCAAGUUUGACGAGAAGUACGGCGACCGCAAAGGGCGGCGCAAGAGGAGCGCGGGGUGGGGAUUUACCGCCGCUGCGGAGGCGGAGUCGGGGGAAACUGGUCGCGUGCGGCCUUGA